GCACAUGUCUAGCGAGAAACCCUAUUAUUUUCGACACUGUUAGUGUGUGUGUGUGUGUGUGUGAGAGAGAGAGAGAGAGAGGUGGUAACGAGCUACGCUGAAUAGGCAAUGGAGGAAGAAGUAGAAGACACGAAAACAACAGUGAGAAUAUUCGUUGGAGGAUUGGGUGAGGGCGUGAGCACUGAAGAUCUGCGAAGGUUAUUCGGUUCUCUGGGCACUGUUCAGGAAAUCCAAACCAUCCGAACCAAAGGUCGCAGUUUUGCUUACCUUGACUUCCUCACCGACCAUAAAUCCCUUUCCAAACUUUUCAGCAAGUAUAAUGGGUGUCUGUGGAAGGGUGGAAAGCUAAGACUUGAGAAGGCCAAAGAACACUAUCUCAUGCGUUUGAAAAGAGAAUGGGAACAAGACGCACUCGAUGCCACUCAAUCACCCAUCACUGCUUCUAAAGACUCGGAGGAAUUGCCCAACACCACGCACACUUCAAAGCCAAUCACUAAACAUCUCAAAAUUUUCUUUCCCAAAUUACAAAAGGUGAAAUCCAUACCAUUCGGUGGAACUGGCAAACACAAAUACAGUUUCCAGAAUAUUAAAGUUCCUGCACUCCCUGUGCAUUUUUGUGAUUGUGAGGAGCAUUGUAGUCCUUUUGUCACAGAAAAAGAAAAGCUAUCUUCUGGUGGGACAGCAGAAAGUGGUGGAAUGAAUGAUGAAGAGAUUAACAUAAUGAAUGCUGUGAUGAGCAAGCUAUUUGAAAAAGAAAAGGUUACUGAUGGUAAGAACCUUGCAGAGGAGCAGGAUUCUUUUGAAUCACCUGAUGCUUCACAUUUUGAUGAACGUGAAGUAGAUAGCGCAACAGACGAGGAUGAUCUCAUAAUUAAUGUGGAGACGAAGAAAAAUAAAGCAGCUUUGACAGGGAGCCAGGAACUUGAAAGGAUCUUGGAAAAUCAGGAAUCAUGGUUGAAUAAAACAAAAAUUGCUAAGGAAGAACCAAGCAAGAGUGUGCCUCAAGUGCAAAAAAGUAGUAAUAGUAAUACCAAGAAGAACAAGAAGAGAAAAUCACUUCCCAAAUCGGAAAGGGAAAGCAAUGGGGGUGUGACUACUACUCCUGGAGGCGAGAGUAUGCAGACCAUUCCAGAUGAGGUGGGAUCUAGUGCACAACCUACCAAGCUAGAAGAUGGUUUUAGGGAACCAACUAGAGUUUUAUGGUCCCAAAAGUCUUCAUGGAGAGAACUUCUUGGUCAUGGAGGUAACACUGCUUUCAGUGCCUCUCUUAUAUUGCCAAAGUUUGAUUCAGGGAAGAAUCAAGAAAGACCUGAUGAUCCAUGUGCAUCCUCACCUACAAACAACGAAGCUGAGAACAAUGAAAGGGAUGGAUACCUAGGCAACAAACCUACUGAUACAGAAGUUAUAGAAGAGCUUGCCGAAACUCAACCUACCAAUAAUCAAGUGACACAAGAUCUUGCAGAAUCUGAGCAAAAUGUGGCACCAAACAAGACGGGCAGAGGUGCUUCUUGGCUGCAAAAACAAUCCUGGACUCAACUGGUUCGAGAGAAUAACAAUUCAUUUAGCAUUUCACAGAUUUUGCCUGGCAUUACUUUACCAGAGCCAAUAGCUAAUAAUCCCAUUGUAGACCCUGAAUAUUCCAAUGAUUGCAAGCAUAACUGUGUAGCUAAGGAUACUGUUAAUGAAGUUGUCAGUGAUGGGUUUGACUUAGGGGAGAUUAUACCAGAUAAUAGUCGGCAUGUUGGUGCCAAUGACAUUGCUUCUGCUCCAGUAGUUAAGAAAUUUGAAACGAGUCCUAGGGAAAAAUCAACUGAAGAUGUUGAAAUAGGUCAAACUUGCUCAUUUAUGAGAAGUGCUGCUUCUUUGAAAGAGUGGGCAAAAGCUAAGGCUGCUCUAAGUGGAUCACUCAAAAGAAAACGUGGAGAGAAGUAAGAGGCCAAGAGCACAAGAUUCUACAGAUCAGAAGUACUACUAUUGAGCUUCAUUAUAUUAUACAUGGUUUUGAGCUGUAUUAUAUGCUCUCGUUUAGUACAGGCAGAUGAAAGUGAAAAGUAAUGAAGAGCAAAUUAAUUUCCAGAUGCUGUGAUAAAAUUAAAAUGACAUUUGUUUAGAGUAAAAAUAAUAUAUUGAAAUGUGUAUUUUUAGUUUUGCUACUCAAGAAGGAAACUGCGUAAGAAUGAUCAAAUUAGAAUGAGGCAA